GUCUCUCUCUCUCUCUCUCUCUUUUUCCCCUUCUCUUUCUUCCUAUUUCCUUCACGUACAUACGAAGUGGACCGUUCUCUCUUUCUCUUCGCCAUCCAGGACUUGUUUCAGUCAGUUACGGCUAUCCGUUGUUCCCGCGUUGUUAGUUUACGCGUUGUUAGUCGCCGGCAGGAGCUCGCCGAGGGAGAAAACGUGGAUUUUCUAUUUUUUAUCUACUUCUAUUUUUUUUGCCGAAAAAUUAGUGAGAGCACGUGAACGAGUGAGUGUUUAUGUGUGUACGUUUGUGCAGAAGAAUGCGGUAGGAUGCGUAUCCAGAAAAGAUGUUUCUUGUUGGGUCUCUGCCUCUUAGGUGGGGUCACCUUUUUUUUGAUAGCCGUCAAUGCGGAAACGCGAAUUACUACGACACCUGGCACCAAUAGUGAAGAUAUUCUAAGAGUGCAACCUUUUCGUUCAGAAUGGUGGAAUGAUACAACAGAAUUGAGAAGCAUAUAUCCAACAAAAGAAGCUGACAUCAAAGUUACAGUUGAAACUAAAAAAAAACUUGUCGAUUUUAAAGUCAAAGGCGAUCAGAAAUACCAAAAACCCAUCAUCAAGGAUGAUGAUUCUAGGAGGACUUUAUAUAUGGAUUCCGACGAUUCAACGAUAUCAUCAGUUUCACCCAUGACAAUUUCAAUACAAGGCAAUCAAUCUUUAACAACACUAAAGCCUAUGGACACUACGAGUGUAACAAUUCUUCCAUUCCUUCUUCGUGGAAUACCGAUAACUGCUACGACAACACCAUCGAGCAAUUUUACUGUCCACGAUAUGCAUAGCUCAACUGGAGUUCAAAUGACAGAAGAAACAAUAUCAUCAAAAGGAAGAGACUUAAACGUUACUGCCUCAGAGCCAAUAAACUCAUUGCAUGCUAAUAUCACGGAUCUCAGUGACAUCAGUAUGGACGAAGAUGAUAAAGAAGUUGAAGGCGGAGAGUACAUUUCACCACAUAACAAAACUGCUAUAAACAUUUCUUCAACAUUACUUCCAAAAGCAUCAGUAUGCACCUAUGAUAAUCGCACUUAUUUAAUUGGUGAAAAAAUUGUUCGGGAUUGCGAGGAAAAAUGUGUAUGUUCUAAAAGUGGAAUUACGGAUUGUCAGCCAUUAUGUAUCUCUCCUUACGUUAGAGCGGGCAGAGAAUUUAAGGACUCUUUGUGCCAAGAAAAACUGGUUCCUGAAGAACCAUGUUGCGCACUUAUUUUAUGUUCUACGAAUUCAGAUACAGCUAUUAAAUCAGAGGAGUCGUGCACAUUUGGCAACAUAACAGUAGCUAAAGGACAACGUAUUGAAGACGGCUGCUCUAAGAUAUGUAUCUGUGAGACUGGCGGUAACUUAAAGUGUCAACCCAGAUGCCCACCGAAUGAAAUUAUAACAAAUCUGCAUGAUCGCUGCGUCGUUUUGGCUGAUCCCGGAGAUAAGAAAUGCUGCACGGUAACACUCUGCGACGUUACUUUGGGCGAUCAUGAGAUCAAAUUGGAGAAUUCAACCGAUUUGAGUGCACAUUUAAUAGACGUCAAGGUACUGAACUCGACGGCGAUUAAAUUAAAAUUAAUUGCAAAGAAUCCUCAAGAAGUUACCGUAGAAAUUUCGCACAACAAUCAUGUAUGGAGACAACUGAAUCCCGAUAAAGAUGGCAUAGUUUCAAGUUUGGAACCUGCGCAUAUGUAUUAUGUUCGUGUAACAGAAGGAAGCAAUACUGGGCCAGCUAUACAAGUGUCUUUGCCAGCCGAAGUAGUGAAAACCAACGUUUCGGAGAAAACAUCUGAUAAAAAUGCCUGUAAUUACAGAGGAAAAACGUAUAAAGUUGGCGCAGAAUGGUAUGAUGAGUGUAUCUCGUUUUGCAUUUGCACAGAAGGUGGUAAACCUGAGUGCGCCACAAUAGAAUGUCCCACGGACUCUGGAUUGGAUUUAUUAGAUCCUCAUUGUUUAGAUUGGGAGAUAGUUCCAGCAGAUUUCAUCCCAAAAGCACCACAAUGCUGUCCCCAGGAGGUGCGCUGCAGAAAUAAUGGUUCCUGUAAUUAUGAAGGAGUAGUGUACAAUAACUGGAGCGAAUUACCUUCGAAUGUUACUGGUUGCGACAGGCGUUGUUAUUGCGAAAUGGGCAAUGUAUCCUGUCAAGCUGCUUGCAAAUUUGUACCAGCCCUGCCUCCUGUCAAUUUACCAUGUCCUUUGCAUCAAGCAACGUUGACGCAUGUACCUUCUAAUCCAUGCUGCACACAAUGGACCUGCGGCCAUCCUUUAACACAACUACCAGGAGUGAACGUGACGACCGCGUAUUCCGGUCCUUUAGCUACAAAUAUGUUUGAUCGGCAAACACUUGACAAUAUCAAAAGAUUGAAUAACAAGUCGGAAAUGUUCAAGCCCAGCCAGGAACCGGAGCAUGGUACUUCUCCUCUCUCGGAAGACCCGAAAAUUGAUAAAACCCAAACAGAUUCUAUUACUCACGGACUUUCUCAUUAUCCUAUGGAUCUAGGAUAUCCUAUAGUGCAGUACAACGGACCUUACAGUCCCGAUUUCCUAUCCACUCAUAAUGUAGAAGACAUCUUCCAUUUACCUAUUUAUUUCGAAAAACCGAUAUCAAAUUUAAAGGAAAAAUCAAAAUCAAAAUCGGAUUCAAAAAAACCUGUUGAACUAUUAAAACCUCACAAGGAAAUAAUUGAUUUUCCUGGUCCAUUAGCACCAGAUAGAUUUCCCGAUAAGAUCGCUUCAAUGCCUUCAUAUCCCAUCAACGAAAAUCAAUAUACAUUAUCGGGGACCUCAAAAAAAAUGGCACCUUCGGAAAAAAAUCGUCCAAUCAAUCAGUUCAUUCCAUUACACUUUCAACCGUCAGACCUAGGAUUCUCUUUCACUCGUAGUGACAAAGAAAAUAUAUUUCCGGUCAAUUUAAAAAGUCAAUACAAUAACUUAACGGUUAAGCUUCCUUAUCAAGAUAUAAUUCCCCUCAAAUCCGAUUUAACUGAUCCAAACAUUGUUCCUACAAUUCCAAAGAACAAAAUCAUACCAACUGAUCCCUUUACCAAUGCAGAAAAUUAUAAAUCAUCCUCGAUAUUGUCAGAUCAGUCGAAACAAAAUAAAAAAAAUCCCGAUCAUGAGACUUUGCCAGAGCAAUUAUAUCACCUGAUCAACACGCAACAUCCUGGCCUAAUUCAAUUCAAUCAUACUUCUCUUAAAGAUCACCCGGAUCUUUAUGAUUUUCAUAAACAGAUCUUUAAUCAGGAACAGCCGUCCAAUAAUCGAAUGCAACCCAUUUAUUUCGGUACGACACUUAUCAAUUCAAAGAAAACAACGAAACCUCAUAUCUUUGCGCAAAAAGAUGAAAAUGGAAAGACUACUUAUCACAUUCACACAUCCGAUAUUCCAAAUACUCCACAUCAAAUUAAGGAAAUAUUAGCGCACAUCAAUCAGCAUGAUCCUAAUCCUUUCCGACAUUAUUCCGAACAACCAGGUAUUCCAAAAAAUAUAUCAAAUGGUCCGUUGCUAACUGUACCACUUCAUACAGACGAUCACAUAUCACAUUCAAGACGUACGCACUUGAACUACCCGCUUGCAGCACAAACACCCAGUCAGUCAGGUUUGGACCAUAAAGUUAUACCUCCAGGUUUUCCUCUACCUGGAGGUAUAACUGGAUUUCCAGCAACAUCGUCCUCUAAUGAUGUCACAAUACAAAUAUUGGAAGCACUGGAUGAACAUACAGUUCGAUUAGUAUUUACUGUACCUCAAGUUCUGGUGGGAUUACAUGGGAGAGUCGAAUUACGAUAUACUAGUGAUAAAACGAAUUUCGACCCUUCCACAUGGACAACACAGAUGUUUGCGCCUCCUAAUGAUUUAAUCGCAACACCUCAGCUCGAAUUUGAAUUAAAUGAUUUAAAACCUAUGACUGAAUAUAAAGUGAAGAUUACAGUGAAAUUAAAAGAUUUGACAAAUAGCCCAACUAGCAAAAUUUAUAGUGUACGUACAUUAGAAAGACAUAUGGAAAUGACGACAUUGCCUUCACAAAUAUCAAUUGAUGCUGAACUUAGAAUAAUGGAGACAAAUUCAACUUGGGUUAAUGUUAUGUGGAAAAAAUUCACAGAAUAUGAAUUGCAAUUCAUAGAUGGUGUUCAGCUAAGAUAUAAAGAAUAUGAUGGUAAAGUUUACGCAGCGACACCAUUGAUCCAUCGUGCAGUAACGAAUUAUGUAAUUGAAAAUUUGAAACCAUCAACCACAUAUGAAAUUGGUGUUUAUUUCAUACCAUUUUCGGGACAAUUGACGGAGUUAAUAAGCGAAAAAACGAUUCAGGUAACUACGUUUAUGGAGCCAGAUCCCUACUCUUUCAAUGUAAAAGUCGAAAUUAAAGCUAUUAAAUCAACGGACGUAGAAGUAUCCUGGAGUGGUGUUCCUUAUCCAGAAGACAAAUACGUAAACAUUUAUCGUGCAAUUUACCAGAGUGACACUGGCAAAGAGGACACUAGCACUUUUAAAAUUGCCAAACGAGACACUUAUGCUAAAACCGUAAUUAAUGAUUUGAAACCUGGCACUAGGUACCGAUUAUGGCUUGAAAUAUAUUUAACAAAUGGCAGAAUAAAGAAGAGCAACGUGCAGGAUUUCGUCACUAAACCAGGCGUUCUCUUGCCGGCUAUUGUAUCUCAACAAGCCGGAAAAUUUGCAUCACUUCCUCUUCAUGAAGGAGAUUACUAUGGUCCGCUGGUGAUAGUGGCCAUUGUGGCCUCCUUAGCAAUACUGUCAACCUUGAUUCUUUUAAUGAUGCUGAUGAAAAGACGAACAAGUAGUAAAGCUGACAUAUCACCUCGUAAAACGACGUCAGCAUACGACAAUCCUUCCUACAAGAUCUGUGAGGAUGGAAUUGUAAUACCCAACGAAAGAAAUAAAACUACAGCAGAUCAAGAAAUGGCUACCAUGAAUGUCAAAGAAAUUGCCUAAAAUUAUGUAUAAUUUAUUAUACCUGUAUUUAUUUAUAUUAAAGUCUUUAAGGAUACAUUUAUUAAAUCCAUCUAUCUUGAGUAUGACUAUCUCAAAAAUUAAGUGAAUAAGAUAAUUCAAAUAAAUUUUGUUUACAUUUGUACAGUUUAUACGUGUAUUGUUAAACAUUUAUAAAAUAUUUUUAAAGUUAUAAUUUUAUGUAAAGAAUAAGAUUAAUAAGAUAUAAAUAAUAAGUACUUUUAAGUGGAAUAAUUCGUUUUUUUUUAUUAAAACAAAAGUUUAUAUAUAAUUAAUAAACAAUAAUAUAACUCCUUCAAUAAAUCAACCGUGAAUGAAUGAAAUGUCAUACGAGCCUUCGCCGUUGUCGUAGCGUAAUAGGUGACUUGAUUAAGUCAAAAUCCCAUGUAAAUCAUCUUAGAUAUCAAUCAUUUUUUAGACUGGUCUUGCAACGUCGCUUUCCCUCGGGAACGCCAGGUCCGAGGGGGCUACGCUCAAUUAAACGGGAAUUUCUAUAUAUGCGGUAACGAGUAACGCUCUUCCAGUUAGAUGCGAUAGUUAUUAGAACGGUAGUCUCAAUAUUUCUCGAGAAUGCUCUCGAUACGGUAUCAGCAGCUUGCAUACGGUAUCCCCCACUCGCUCGAGGCUUACGCUCGAAGCGAGAACGGUAACUCAUAGACGGUAUCCCCCAAAUAUCGGGCGAGAUGGCUCUCGACACGAUAGCGGUAUCUUGUAUACGGUAUCCCCCAAUAUCGAUCGAGGUUGCCCUUGAUACGAUAGCGGUAGCUUGCAAGAACGGUAACUUCCCAAUACGCUAAAUUGUUGGGCGCCAGGCGCGACUUCUCGCGCCACACAAUAAUCAGCUAUAAUACGGUAACCAACUGGAAAGCGUUACAAGUGCCGGUAGCUCUUUCUCGCGAGACGAUAGAGUGGCGUGGUUCUUUUUGAGACGGAAGGCGUGGAGAUGUCGGAUCGAGGCAGGUCGUAUAAAGAUUCGGUACUCACUGAUUAAACAACAAAAGAAUAUUUUAUAUUUCUCUACUGAAAACGGUAACAAGGCUGCAAGGAGCUUACUCAAUGCGUCUGUAUACAAUAAAUGCACGAAUUUUACUGUGAUAGAGACAAAAACUCAUUAGAGACACCACAAGGUGGAGAAGACAAAAUUGAUAAUACGCGGCAGGAGGCCGGCGAGGCUCUCCGCUCGCACAAAGACAAAAUCAAUAAUGGCGGAAACAAGUCGCGGUAACAAUGAUUCUAAUCCUAUGACUGUCGGCUCCGGCGUAGUCCGAGAGGGACGUACUCGCGGUAUCAAUUCUUCGGGGCCGGUCGGUCCGAGCCCUCGUGCGGCCACAAAACUCUACUCUUUACUUCGAGUUACGUUACACAACAAAUAUCACUAACUAUAUCGGAUUCGGAUCGCCGCAAUCACCAGCGGAAACGGUAUCCGGUAUCCGGUCCCGCACGAGGGUUGACCGCCUUUUCCGAAUCUUACUUAAUCGAUGGCUGCCGAGUGCUGGCCUUACAAUAAUGAACGGAGUCCUGGUCUCUGAAGUCUUCGGUAGCGAUUUCGGUAUCUGAGGCUCGUCCUUUGCCAAGUACGCACAGUCACGGCUUGCCGAACAGUGAGGAGCCCCGGUCCCGCGCCGGCCGGCUCGAGCCGCCGCGCAUGCGCGUGCUUCGAUUUUCGGUCGAUCCGCACGCCUCGAUCUCAUGCGGCGCCGCUUCGCCUCUCGAACUGCCUCGUGGUCCGCGCGUGACGACUUCCGCCGAGGCGAGUGUUAACGCUCUGCCAUUUUCGGUCGGCCCGGCUGGCCAUGCCGUGACCAAACCGAUCUACGUGGCGGCGGAUGACAGCUUGACGGUCGCUCCCCCGGUUUGCAGCCCGGUGGCGUGCCCUCGGCGUGAUUCCUCUCAUGAAUCCUUCCGGCUGCUAUGCGGUAUCGUUUUUGCCACGGUAUCCUCAGGGCGGCGGUAUCCAGGCGGCUCAGGGCGGUAAUAAUCAGCCGGGCUCGGUGCACGGCUCGGCGGGGAAACUCUGCGCGGGGCACCUCUCCUACUGUCGACUGCUCGCGCUACUUUUUCCCCCGAUGGCUGCUCCUCCUCCGUUCGUGGUACAAUAAGAUUAAGCCUUCACUCGGCGCCUUAGUCCUAAAUACCCUAAUUAAUCUGAUACGGUAACGCGGAAACUA